AUGCCGUCGCGGGCUCCACGUAAUCCGCCUUAUCCUCCCACGUCGAGCUCACCCGCCGCUCCCCCACAUGCGAACCUGGUCCCCUCGUCGAUCGAGAGGAGUGCUCCCCGUCUGAUACCCCAAUAUGCGCCCGUGUUGCCAUCCAUGAACGCGAAUCCAGCUACGUCGCCGCAGCAUCGCCACGGCCACUCUCGCUCCAUCAGUCAUCCGUUCCCUUCUCCCUUCGCCGGCGCGGGCAAGAGGCGGAACCGAUCUAUCCCGAAGCAGGACUUCCUCGACUCGGACGAUGACGACGACGAUGUGACUUACUUGCCCGAUCCCCUGUCGACCAGCCCGCGCAAGGGCCCGCCACGCCCGGUGCCAGGCGAGGAACUCAUAACGGGGAAGUGCAUGACCUGUUAUUGUACGGUGCGGUGGCCGCGCAACCUCAAGGUCUUCCGCUGUACGGAAUGCCUUAUGGUCAAUGAUCUUGAGCCGUAUAGGGAAUCGAACGACCCGAGCAGUCGGGGAAAGGAUGGGAAGCCCCCUGCGCCUGCGAUUCCUAGGAAAGCUAUUUCGCUUUCUGUCGAACGAACAAGGUCCAUGGCCGACGCAUGCGUCUCGAACUAUCUGAAAAAACUUUUAGAAACUCCUAGUCCGCGAGCUAUUCCCAUAAGAAACCUGCCAGAUAAACCCUUUGCCGGACAGGAUGGACUCUUGUCGAUAUCGCCAAAGCAAACAUCCGGAUACUUGUCGGACCCUCGCGCAGUCGUCGAUCCUCGCAGUCGAAGUGCUUCAGCCUCUGGACGACCUAGGAAUCUGAAUGGGAUUAAUGGGAAUACAAAUCCGGUGAAACCCAGUGGACCACCACCGGCUCCGUUGCAUAUAGAGGGGAGAGACCCUCAGACUAGAGGUCGGGACAUGCCCAAUGCACCCAAAGGCGAUCGCCCGGCGCGGGAACCCGGGCGACCUUUCCCCCCCGAGAGCAAAGACUCGGCAAGCCGCCCUUACAUAUUCAGGGCACUCGAGGAAUAUAUAAUAUCUUCUUUUAAAGGCUGCGACUGCCUUAAUAAUUCGUUUACUACGUCGCAAAAACCCUUGCAGACUACCAAUGACAACCCCUCUAAGAGAAAACCGGAGGCUACUGCGGCACCGGGACAUGCGCACCCAGUAUUCGAACCGGACGCAAAAACCCUUCUCCUCGGUGAUCUGGCUGAGAACUCUUCCUGGUGGGGCCACGAUGACGAUGCGAUCGAUACCUCCAGCCACACUCAUCCUAAAGAAAAACCCCCGGUUUCAACCCGAGCGGUGAGCUCACGAAGCCCACGCAUCAACUGGGCGGAACUGGCACAGUGGUAUCAAUCGAUCGUGACGGCAGGCUCGUCAUGGGUCGAACAAUGGUCAGAGAUGCAGCCCAGUAAUAUACAGGGGGACGAAGAUUUGGUUAGACAGGAACGGUUGAAUGCCGUUGAUCUGAGUAUAGUAGAAAGAGAGAUCAUUGAAUCACGGAUGCAUCUGCACCGAACGCUUCUCAAGGCGACCGAAAAUCUUCUCAAACGGCCGCGGCGACCGAUCAAAAAGCCGGAGGAAGUGCGCUUCUUGCUGAUGCUAUUGGCAAACCCGUUGCUAUACCCGUCUAGCUCGUCGAUGGCUGCCUACACUGCAGGCGCCCCGGCACCUCGCAUCGAUAGAAGGCCUUCUCAUCCCAUGGAUGCUAACCAGAGACUGGCUCCGCCUCCUGCCAAACCCGUUUCAUCCCGGCUUCGAAAUGGAGGACCGGGUCACCACUCGGGCAUUGUCAAGCGGAUACUAGGACAGUUGGCAAACUUGCCAAAUGAUUGUCAUCAUUACCUGGUCUCCUGGUUUUCUCGGUUCCCGUCGGGACAGUUUGAGAAGACGGUCGAUCUCGUCGGUAGUUUUGUUACUUAUCGCCUGACUCGUCAACAUGGGCGGAAGCGCAGCGAAUCAGCCCAGAACGAAGACAACAGCCUAAUUCCAAGCUUUUCUAGCGCAGCCGGAAAUACGCCAGCCGAGCUUCAUGCUGCGAUCAACGGGAGAGGUCCCACCAAGCAGAAUAAUGACAAACGAGACAAGCCGGUUGUUUACAGCGACGAUUGGCAGCUUCGAGCCGCUGCUCGCGUGAUGUCCUUGCUGUUUACGGCCAACAACGCCAGCGUUUCACGAAAACCGGAUGCACCCGAGGCGGGCUCGGCGACCAAAUACCAACCGCAACGGCGAGGGCAAAUGGUCCCAAUUAGCACAUUUUACAACACUUUGCUCGAUUAUUCGGAUCUCGUGGCCGACUUCGAGGCGUGGGAGACGAAGACCGCGAAAUUUUCCUUUUGCCAGUACCCCUUCUUCCUCAGUAUCUGGGCCAAGAUCCACGUUUUGGAGCAUGACGCUCGCCGACAGAUGGAGGUCAAGGCCCGCGAAGCCUUUUUCAACAGCAUAUUAAGUCGGAAAGCCAUCAGCCAGUAUCUUGUCCUGAAGGUGCGGCGUGAUUGUCUGGUAGAAGACAGCCUUCGUGGCGUCAGUGAGGUCGUCGGGUCUAGCCAGGAGGAAAUCAAGAAGGGUCUGCGGAUUGAGUUCGUUGGAGAGGAAGGCGUUGAUGCCGGAGGCCUUCGCAAAGAGUGGUUCCUGCUCUUGGUCCGGGAGGUCUUUGACCCUCAUCACGGACUUUUUAUCUACGACGAAGACUCUCAAUACUGCUAUUUCAACCCGUACUGUUUCGAAUCUUCGGAGCAGUUCUUCCUGGUCGGAGUUCUACUGGGGCUGGCCAUCUACAAUUCAACUAUCCUGGACAUCGCUCUUCCACCCUUUGCCUUCAAGAAGCUCUUAGCCGCGGCACCUCUGACCGGGACGGGACCGCAAGUGGCGACGACGCGCUCGCCAUUCAAGUGCAGCCUGGACGACCUGGCGGAAUACCGACCGACGCUGGCCAAGGGUCUCCGGGCCCUGCUGGACUUCGAAGGGGACGUCGCCGAUACGUUCUGCUACGAUUUUGUGGCACAAGUGGAUCGGUACGGAGAGGUGGUGUCGGUACCUCUAUGCGCUGGAGGCGAGAAACGGCCGGUGACCAACGCCAACCGGCGGGAGUUUGUAGACAUGUACGUUCACUAUCUCCUGGAUACGGCCGUCACGCGGCAAUACGAGCCCUUCAAACGCGGGUUCUUCACCGUGUGCGGCGGCAACGCGCUGUCACUCUUCCGACCCGAGGAAAUCGAACUGCUGGUGCGUGGCUCGGACGAAGCGUUGGACGUGGCAUCGCUACGGGCGGUGGCCACGUAUGACAGCUGGUCGCACCCCCGGCCGGAGACAGUGCCGGCGGUACGGUGGUUUUGGGACUUCUUCGAGCACACGCAGCCCGCGGCACAGCGUAAGAUUCUAUCGUUCAUCACGGGAAGUGACCGGAUCCCUGCCAUGGGAGCGACGAGCCUCUCGAUCCGGCUGAUGUGUCUGGGCGAUGAUUCGUCGCGAUAUCCGACAGCGCGCACUUGUUUCAACAUGUUGGGGCUCUACCGAUACGAAUCGCGCGAGCGAUUGGAGCGGAUGCUGUGGGAGGCGGUGUUGAACAGCGAGGGAUUUGGCUUGAAUUAUGAUGAGCCGUUGAAGCAUGGGAUCGUUGAGGUUCCGCUGCCUAAGCUUCGCGAUAAUGAUGUCUUGGUUAAAGUCAAGGCGUGCGGUGUUUGCGGGACAGAUUUGCAUAUCCAUGAGGGAGAGUUCAUUGCGAAGUUUGGAGAGGACGAAGAGGAGGAGGAUGCUGAUGAGGAUACCCCAGGCCAUGAAACCGUCGGCGUAGUCGCCGCUGUCGGUCCCAAGGUCAAAGGCUUCGAGGUCGGCGAGCGUGUCGUGGCUGAUAACUCCGAGUUGUGCGGAGAGUGCUUCUAUUGUCGUCGCGGGGAGGAGCUGUUCUGUGAGCACUUCGAGGCUCACGGUGUAACCAUGAACGGUGGAUUCGCCGAGUACUGUGCCUAUCCCGCUGGCCGUGUGUUCAAGAUCAAGAAUCUCUCUGAUGUCGACGCUACACUCCUGGAACCUGCGUCCUGCGCCGCUCAUGGUUUGGAUAAGAUCGCUCCUAAGAUGGGGUCCUCGGUGUUGUUGUUCGGAGCUGGACCCACGGGUCUGAUCCUCGCUCAGCUCCUCCGUCUCAACGGCGGCUGCCGCGUCGUCGUGUGUGCCCCCGAAGGCCUGAAACUAGACCUCGCCAAAUCCCUAGACGCCGGCGACGAAUACAUCGCUCUGUCGCGGAAGGACCCGAGCGCGCAGUUCGCGCAACUCAAGAAGGACAACCCGUACGGAUUCGAUAUCGUGGUCGAGGCGACCGGUAGCGUCAAGAUCCUGGAGGACUCGAUCAAUUAUGUCCGUCGGGGUGGAAAGCUCGUUGUGUAUGGCGUCUAUUCGAACAAGGACCGCGUGUCCUGGCCUCCUAGCAAGAUCUGUAAGUUCAUCUUCGUCUUCGUCUUUCAUUAUUCUUGCUUGAUUGCGAGUGUCGUUUCUGCUGUCGGCGACGAGAUCAACAUCCUGGGUAGCUUUUCUGAGACGUACAAGUUCCCUGCUGCCAUUGACUACUUGGACUCGGGUAAGGUGAAGGUCAAGGGAAUAGUGAACAAGGUGUACAAUAUUCACCAGUGGGAGGAGUGUCUCGAAGCGAUGAAGAAUAAGACCGCGAUCAAGGCGGCGAUCACGUUCGAUUGA